AACACACCCUAAAAUGGCAAGUUCUAUAAAAUUCGCAGUUCUGUUAGCCGGCGCCCUACUUCUAUCGCUGGCUGACGUUGCCAAAGCCCAAGACGCGCUGUUCGUGGUCGAGGGCGAGGUCUAUUGUGAAGUUUGCCGCAUCAAUUUCAUCAACAAGCUUAGUGUACCUAUGGCAGGUGCGACCGUGCGCCUAGAGUGCCGAGGUGAAGAAAUCACAAACAUAACAUACAAACUUGAGAACACGACCGACUCAGGCGGGCACUACCAGCUAAAUGUGGUCGGGGACCAUGGCACAGAGGAGUGCGGUGUGACACUAGUGAAGAGCAGUCAGACCGACUGUGACAUCCUGCCUAACGAAGGUUGGGCCAUCGAGCCAACGUCAAAGAUCACGCUGACCAAAAAUAGUGGCUUCCAUGACAAAGUGCGCCAUGCGAACCCACUAGGGUUCACCAAGAAGGAGCGGGACGCUGGCUGCGCCGCGCUCUUCAAAGAGCUCGAGAUUAACCCGGAUGAAAUGAGUGUUUGAUUGCUUAAAUGUUUUAUUUAAUUUAUUUGAUUUUAGAAAUAGGUUUCUAAUUAUUUGGAGUAUGAUUCAAUAUAUUGAGCAAGAUAUUUGUGUAGAAUGGUGUACGUACUUGUUUAAAUCGUUCUCUUGUUUCCGUUGGGAGAUAAUAAAAAGUCUAAUGAAUUCCGGGA